AAUGAAAAUAGACGAGGAAAAUGGUGAGACGCACUAAACAACCUCGAUUUUUUUAGUUAAAAAAAAAAUAAAAAAAUAAUAAUUUAAUGUCUAAAUUUGUAGUGAUUAAUACCAUGUAUCCCAGUCAAUAUCCGAAUGACUGUUUAAUAGUGUCAAUAAAUAAUUUAUAAUACCAACUUGUCAACAAACAUAAACAACAAAAAUAUAAAUAAAUAAAAAUAAUUAAAAUCAAGAUGACAACUGUACUUGAUGGCAGCUAUCAACAGCUUGAUCCAUUUUCUGAUGGUGAAGAUGGUGAUGUUGGUGGUGGUGAUGAUGACAAUGAAGAAACACCUCAUGAAUCUGGUGUUAUGAUACAUGUUGUACCUGAAGGUGGAAAAGCUAAAUGGAAUCAUAUUGAAGAUCUUGAUUCAUUUUUUACAAGAAUGUAUCAUUAUCAUCAAAAACAUGGUUUUAUUUGUAUGAUGUUACAAGAAUUUUUAGAACUUGGACAAUUUAUAUUUGUCGUUAUAUUUUCAACUUUUUUAUUUCAUUUUGUUGAUUAUCCAGUUUUAUUUAAAGAUAAGAUUCCAGAUAAUACACAUAAAACAUCAAUGCACGAUGCAAUAUUAUCAACAAGUGAUGCAAUGUCAACAAUGGGAAUAUUUACAUGGACAUGUAUUCUGAUUGCAAUAAUAUUUUGGAUUCUUCGAUUGGUCAAAGUUCUAUAUCAUUUAACUCAAUUUUGGGAUAUUAAAAUGUUUUUUAAUGUUGCAUUAAAAAUUGAUGAUAAUGAUCUUGAUAAUUUAACAUGGCAUGAGAUACAAAAAAAAGUUAGAGAAGUACAAAAAGAACAAGAAAUGUGUAUACAUAAAAGAGAAUUAACUGAACUUGAUAUUUAUCAUAGAAUAUUAAGAUUUAAAAAUUAUAUGGUUGCUAUGAUUAAUAAAUCAUUAUUACCAGUACGUUUACAAGUACCAAUUAUUGGUGAUGUUAUAUUCAUGACGAGAGGAUUAAAAUACAACAUGGAGCUGCUAUUAUUUUGGGGACCAUGGUCACCAUUUGAAAAUAAUUGGCAUUUGAAAGAAGAUUAUAAAAAGUUAAAUAAACGUCAAGAAUUAGCACGUGCAUUAUCAAAACAUAUAUUAUGGGUUGGAAUUGCAAAUUUAAUAUUAUGCCCAUUGAUAUUAUUAUGGCAAAUAUUAUAUUCAUUUUUUCAUUAUGGUGAAAUAAUAAAAAGAGAACCAGGUACACUUGGAACAAGAAUGUGGUCAUUAUAUGGACGUUUAUAUUUACGUCAUUUUAAUGAACUUGAUCAUGAAUUAAAUGCUCGUUUAAAUCGUGCAUAUCGUCCAGCAUCAAAAUACAUGAGUAUAUUUACAUCACCAGUUAUGACUGUGCUAGCUAAAAAUAUUGCAUUUAUUGCUGGUAGUAUACUUGCUGUAUUAUUAAUAUUAACUGUUUAUGAUGAAGAUGUAUUAACAGUUGAGCAUGUAUUAACAACAAUAACAAUAUUAGGUGCAAUUGUUGCUGGUUCACGUGCAUUUAUACCAGAUGAAAAUUUAGUAUGGUGUCCAGAAACAUUAUUAACAGCUGUAUUAGCACAUACACAUUAUCGUCCAGAUAGCUGGAAAGGUUAUGCACAUACACAAUCAACACGUUUACAAGUAUCACAAUUAUUUCAAUAUCGUGCUGUACAUUUAAUUGAAGAAUUAUUAUCACCAUUAUUAACACCAUAUAUAUUAUGUUAUUUAAUGCGUCAACGUUCACUUGAUAUUGUUGAUUUUUAUCGUAAUUUUACAAUUGAAGUUACUGGUGUUGGUGAUGUAUGUAGUUUUGCACAAAUGGAUGUUAGAAAACAUGGUAAUUCAAUGUGGCAAACAUUACCAAUAACACCAAUUGAUGAACAUGAUGAAGGUUUUAAUAAUCAAUAUAAUAAUGAUACACAACAACAACAACAACAACAACGACAACGUUUAAAUAUACCAAUAUCAAAACAAUAUGCACAAGCUGAAGAUGGUAAAACUGAAUUAUCAUUAUUACAUUUUACAUUAACAAAUCCAGAAUGGAAACCACCAAGUCAUGCUGAAAAUUUUGUAACUGCAUUACGUGAAAGAGCUAAAAAAGAAGUUACAAUUGUAACUGGUGAUAUGAAUCCAUUGUUAACUAGUUUAAAUAGUUUAUCUGGUCUUGGUCCAGAGUAUAAUGAUAUUGUUGCUAAUAUUAUUAGAAGUACUGUUGUUAAUAAUGUUAGUGUACCAAGUAUGAGUCAAGUAUUUGGACAUAAUACUGGUAUGUCUAGUGUUGGUGAACAACAGCAUCAACAUCAACAUCAACAACAACAUCAACAACAACACCAACAACAACGACAAGGAUCAACUAGUAUGCGAUCAGAUAUAUUAACAAGUGUUGUUAGAAAAGGAAUGAGUAAAGCUGAGGGUCCAUUGUAUAAUGAAAGAGGUUUAUUAUAUGGUUUACAACAGGGUAUUUCAAAUCAAUCACUUGGUGCAUCUGUAUUUGGAUCUGGACAAGAAUUAACUGCUGAUUUAUCAGUACCAAUUGAAUUGACUGCUGCUGAUAUGUCAUUAUCUACUUUGUACCUGCAUGAACUUCAUCAUAGACAAGUAAGACGAAGAGGCUAUCAUGAAAUGGCAACUCAAAGUAUAUGGCAACGUAGUCCAGUUCAAGAAUUAGAAACACUUCCAGAAGUACGACAAGAACGUGCACCAUUAUUACGUCAUCAAGAUUCAUCAAUAAGAUCAACACGUGAUUCCUAGCAUAAAUAUAAAACAAAUGUUUAGCUAUUUAAUUUAAUUAUUUUUAUUUAUAGACAAGAUAAAAUUCAAUACAAUUUUUUUUUUUUUUUUUUUCAAAUAAAAUUAAACAAUUAGAUAUUAAUCUAAAAUUAAUUUGUGUGAUAAUUUAUUUUUUCAUAAACUCAAUUUUUUUUUUUAAUUGAUUAAUUUGACUUUUUUCUUUUUACAUACAUCAAAGUAAGACAGUUUUAAUUAUUUAAUAUAAAGAAAAUUAAAGGUUAAAGACUCUAGUCAUAUCUUUGUUUAACAAAGAUUGAUUAUUUAUUUAAAAAAAUAAUAAAAAAUAAUUUUCAUCUGUCAGACAAAUAAAAAAUUCACGAAAAAAAUAAAAAUAUAUAUAUCAUGUAAAUAAUUAAUUAUAAUUAAUCAAUUGUAAGGUUGUCAAUAUAAAAAAAAUUAUUAGUUUUAUUCUUCAAUAAUUAACUGAUUUUAAUUUGGCUAAUUUUUUCAUGUAAUAUAUUAUUAAAUCAUCAUUUUGGACAAAUUAUCAAAAUUAAUUAAAUGUAAUUAGAAAAAUAAAUAAUUUUCAUAAAAAUAAUACAC